AUGGAGUCGCAGACUCCAGCCGCCGAAUACACCAACUAUGGUAACGGUAUCGAUAUCUUUGGUCCGCGUACUGAUGUUCUCUCGGUCAGUUACAAGGGCGACGACCAGUACCGCCUCGACACAGGCACUUCUAUGGCGACCCCUGACGAUGCUGGCGUUGCGCUGACCAUUAUGUCUGUCAAUGGUGUCGGCUCUCCUGGAGGAGUGACUUCCAAGCUGCUCGAAAUGGCCACGAAGGAUGCCAUCACAGGCGAGCUUCGUGGCAGUCCUAAUGUGUUGGUAAACAAUGGUAACACUCAGCAGGCUACGUAG